UCUAAUCCUCUCAUAAACCCUAAAUUCCCAAAUCAGAUUCUUACGCGACCUUUCUUCAGCCUCUCGACAACUUUUUGAUUCCCGUGUCGAUCUUUCGCCGCUUCUCUUUAGAUUUCGUAGAUCUACAGUCCGUUGCAUCUGCUUGUGAUCCGAACAGUGUUAUUCACUCAACAACAACAAGUUUCAGACCGAAUGGCGCUAGUUGUGAUUUGCGGGCAACCUUGUAGCGGGAAGUCAAAAGCUGCAGCAACCUUAUCCGAAGCACUGAAAGAAUCCGAAACGAAGCAGAACGUUAGAAUCAUCGACGAGGAUUCGUUUCAUCUAGACCGGAACCAGAACUACGCCAACAUGCCUGCGGAGAAGAACCUUAGAGGGAAGCUCAGGUCGGAUGUUGACAGAUCGGUUUCGAGAGGAGACAUUGUUAUUGUGGAUUCUUUGAACAGCAUCAAAGGUUACAGAUACGAGCUGUGGUGCAUCGCACGCGCCGCUGGGAUUAGGUACUGUGUUCUCUUCUGUGAUGUGGAUGAGACUCGGUGCAGGGAGUGGAAUAUGGAACGUGGGGAUAGAGGUGAAGCUUCGUAUGACGACGGUGUAUUCGAGGAUCUGGUGAGAAGAUUCGAGAGACCCGAGAGGAGAAACAGAUGGGAUUCACCUCUCUUUGAGCUGUACCCUUCUAGGGAUGGGAUAGAGAAGUCCUCUCCUGUGGUUUCAGAGGCUGUGACUUAUCUGACCAAGACUGUUGAUUCCAAAACUCAAGACGUGAGGAUCCUCCAGCCGAGCAUAGCGACGCAGACUGCUAGAUUCUCGGAAGCGAAUUCUCUUUACGAGCUGGACAGAGCGACGCAAGAAGUCAUCAAUGCGGUCGUGGAGCAACAAGCGCUCGGUGGGGCUAUAAGCAGAGUUACUCUUGGCAAUGAUCUGCCUCCGAUUGAAAUCUGCAGACCAGUUGGACUACCGGAGCUGGGUAGGCUUCGAAGAACGUUUGUUAAAUUGAUGGGUCAGUCGAGUCUGAGCGGGCCACCGGUACCAACUGAUGCAAACAGUGGAAAGAGACGGUUUGUGGAUUACUUGAACAGAGAGUUUGGAGGUAAUAACGCUUGAGAUUGGUGGGUGAAGAAACAUUUUACUAUUUGUUUUUUUUUUCAUCUUCUCAACAGAAGCCAAGUUUACACUUUGUGCUCUUCAGUGAAAAGUUGUGGACUAAUUGAUGUAUUUGUCUUAUUCAAACAAACAUAUAGUUUAUCAUU